UAAAAUUUAAACCCAUCAUAGUCACCCUCCAAACAAAACUUUUUGACUUUUCAGUCUUUAAUGUCAUCGAAGUCGUCUAUUACAUGGAAAAUGGUCAUUAUCAUCAUGCUCAAAAUAAUGCUUCAAGACAAUAAUGGCACGUUCUCAUUCAUCGUCAGCUAAUCAUCAAUGAUAAAUCUUUCAUCUAAAUGUACACAUUAAUCCGUUCGAUUCUUAGUUCUAAAAGAAAAUGGCGCAAUCCCAAUCUUUUCUCGGCGCUCUUGCCUAUGCUUUAGCGUUUCUAAAAUUCUCUCUAGCAGUAGAUACACUUUCUGCAAAUCAAGUAAUCCGCGAUGGGCAGACUUUAGUUUCUCAGGGCCAAAUGUUCGAGCUGGGAUUCUUCUCCCCUGGUAAGCUCAAUGCCAGGUUUUUAGGGAUAUGGUAUAAAACUACCCCGGAUAUCGUUGUUUGGGCUGCAAACAGAAACCAGCCCAUUACAGACUCACAGGGAAUCUUGAAUAUAAGCAGAAAUGGAACUUUACUUCUCAGCAGAGGCGAAAGAAUUAUCUGGUCGUCAAAUUUGUCGUUUGUUGCAUCAACUCCAGUUUUACAGCUCUUAGACACUGGAAACCUUGUACUAAUAGACAACACAAAUGGAACUUCUCCAAAAAACUACAUGUGGCAGAGUUUUGAUUACCCUGGUAACACCAGGUUACCAGGAAUGGCGAUGGUAGACAGCCCUGGUACCGAACAAGAUAGAUAUUUGACUUCUUGGAGAAGUACUGAUGAUCCAUCUCUUGGAGAUUUUACUUACAGGAUUGAAAAUCAUGGCCUUGUUGAACUUGUGAUCUACAACAAGCAGGUAAAAAGAUGCCGUAGUGGCCCAUGGAAUGGGCAUUACUUCAGUAAUCUCCCUUUCUUUCCCACAGUACCUUUUAAACCGAACUUGGCAUUAAAUAAAGACAGGGUUUUAGUAUAUGAUAACAGUUCAUCCAUCACAAGAUUAACUCUAGACGAAUCAGGCUAUCUGCAGCGCUAUAUGAUGAACGAGGGCAAAAAUGAGUGGAAUCUUGUUAUGACAAUACCCCGUGAUUCAUGUGACAAUUAUGGUCGGUGUGGUCCUAACGCUAUCUGCAAAAUUAAUAAAAUACCAAUAUGCGAGUGUCUGAAGGGAUUCUCACCCAGGUCUCAACAGGAUUGGAAUGUACAAGACUGGUCGAGUGGAUGCUCUAGAAUUAGGCCACUGGAUUGCCAGAAUGGAGAUGGAUUUCAAAAGGUGGGUGCCAACUUUCCUGAUAGGUUGCAGUCUCAGUUGAACAUUAAUAUGAGUUUUGAUGUAUGUCAAGCACAGUGUUCCCAAAGCUGUUCUUGUACAGCUUUUGCUACUCCGGUUAUAGGUGAUGGAGUCACUGGGUGCCUGAUGUGGUAUGGGGAUUUGAUUGAUAUCAGAGAGGUUCCUGGAGCAGAUAGCAUGUUGAACUUCCAUAUUCGCUUGCCACGUUCAGAACUAGAGUCGGACAAUGAUUCAGAUAAGAAUAAGAAAAAGAAAAAGCCUGGAAAGCUAAUCUUCAUGUUGACUGCUGUUGGAGUGCUCAUCUGUGGCAUAAUCUUGGGGGCAAUACUUCUAAAGAUAAGAUUAAUGAGACAAGGAGAAAGGAAAACUGAAGACUUGGAUUUACCUUCAUUUGAUUUGGCAACUAUCGUGGCUGCUACAGAUAACUUCUCCAGCGAAAACAUGAUUGGCGAAGGCGGUUUUGGUCAGGUUUACAGGGGUAGCUCACCGGAUGGACAAGAAAUAGCAGUAAAAAGACUGUCCAAAACAUCCAGACAAGGUCUUGAAGAAUUCAAAAAUGAAGUGAGUUUGAUUGCCAAACUCCAACACAGAAACCUCGUCAGACUUUUGGGGUGCUGCACUGAAGGAGAUGAAAGAAUGUUAAUCUAUGAGUACAUGCAGAACAAAAGCUUGGAUAAUUUUAUUUUUGAUCAAGAAAGAAGGACAAUAUUGACAUGGCCUAAGCGGUUUGACAUUAUUAUGGGGAUUGCACGGGGUUUGCUCUAUCUUCACCAUGACUCCAGAUUAAAGAUUAUCCACAGGGAUCUCAAAACAAGCAAUAUUUUGCUAGACGAAAAUCUGAAUCCAAAAAUUUCUGACUUUGGCUUAGCAAGAAUUCUUGGAGGGGGUGUUGGUAUUGCAAGAACAAAAAGAGUUAUUGGGACAUAUGGCUAUAUGGCUCCAGAGUAUACUAUUGAUGGGAAGUUCUCUGUAAAAUCAGAUGUUUUCAGCAUGGGAGUUGUCUUGUUAGAAAUAGUGAGUGGCAAGAGGAACAGAGGUUUCAGACAUCUAGAUCACUAUCGCAGCCUUUUAGGACAUGCAUGGCUCCUUUGGAAUGAAGACAAGGCUUUGGAACUAAUGGAUGAAUGUUUGAAAGAUUCAUUUGUUGAAUGCCAAGUAAAGAGAUGCAUACAUGUGGGCUUACUAUGUGUUCAGAAACACGCAGAAGACAGGCCAGUAAUGUCCUCUGUGCUUUUCAUGUUAGGAAGUGAGGAGGGAGCAAUUCUUCCAGAACCCAAGGAACCUGGAUUUUUCAUGGAAAGGAGUUCUUUUAAUGAAAAAACCGGUGCAUCAGAGGCCAACACAUAUACAAUCUCAGUAACUGAUCUAGAAGGCAGAUAGAGAGGUCGAAUAGUGUGAUAAUUAUGGAAGAAUCAAUCACUUAUAUGCUAAAAUAUUGAUUAAAUUCAGAAAAAUAUUCUUUU